AUGUCUAAGGGCUUCGCCUCGCCGCAGGACAACACCUGUCUGGACGGCGAGCUCACGUACAACAUCAUGACCCAGCAGUGGGAGUAUCUCAUUUAUGACGCUAUCGCCGUCGAUGGAGACCUCAACGUUGCCCAGACAGGUUUUAGGCAACGCAUGCAGGCGGCCGAGGUCUUCAUCGCCGGACCCAGGUGCUGGGCCCCGUUUUGCUCAGGCCUCCUGAGGCUCAGGAUUAAGGAUUACUACGAGAAACGCAACAUUCGAAAGCUGUUUGCAAACAUUCGACGCGAUCCGAAGGGCCACUAUUUGUAUAUCAACAACGAUCGUCGCGAUGGCGUCAUUUGUAAUGAGAAUGACGGCGUCAUCCUGUCCCCUGUCGGCAUGCCGUACCAGGUCCGCAACUGCCCGGCCUUGCUCAAGUGGAAGCCUCCGCAUCUCAACUCGAUAGAUUUCACUUUGCAGCUCGAGAAAACCCUCGACCCACGACACAACCAGCCCUCCGUCAAGUGCCAUAUUGCCUACAAGGGCGAGCGCAGCAUUGUCAGGAUGCGGGAGAUCUACUUUCCGUCCAAACUGCGCCGCCAGUUUGCGGCCAACUUUGACAAGUUUAACAACAGCAUCGUCGAGCUUGCGUAUGACCGCAUGGCCGGUGAGUGGAAGUAUAUCCGGCAGCGAGAAGAUAAGGCGAUACCCAAUUUUUCCACCACUGUCAUCGACACGAUGGAGACGAUUGCCGAAAACAUGGAGAGAGGAGAACUGGUUGUUCAUCUCGAGAAGACUUCAAGAUCACCCCCGCAAAGCGAGCUCGAGCUCAUCCAGGCUGUCGCCAAAAACGUGGAAGUGUGUACAUACCGAAACGACCUUUUCGAUGAUGAAAACCACGACUAUUUGGUGGCUACGCCUAUUUCGCUGGUCAGGCCUCCGCAGAUCACGCCGCAGCCGCGAAGGUUAGGAGGGAACAGAAGGCCGAAUGAGGGGAGGAGACCUAGACCUCACAUGCCGAACGGGAACCCCCCGGCUGCUGGCUCAGCCGAGGGACGGGCUGGAAGGGAUGCCUUUGAAUACUCUGAUGAUGUAUAA